AUGUCCUCAGUGCAGACCUCGAUGUGGAAUCGUUCAUUGACCCAACCCGACCUCAAGAUGAUGAACCAGCACGAUUUUCAGUCUAUCUGCCAAUUGGCCCUCUCACAGCUCAAUGUUAAGUCCGCCACACCCCCAGCAUCCAACUUUCUCUUCUCGGGGUUCAACCAGCAAUCUCAACAACCGCUUACUGCUGCUGCUCCGGAAGAGACUCAUACAACGUCACUAUCGGCACCUCCACCCUCACUAGUGAUAUCGCCCGCAUCGACAUCCUCCCCGACUGCUACCUCGGCAACUGACGCGUCCAGUGGUAUCUGCAACCGUGCUGAGCAUGCCGCUGACGGUGGUCGAGGGGUCGAAUUCGAUCAGCUAGUAUCCACUCCGUCACCGGUCCCGCGCCCGAUAUCACGUCCAGUCAAAGAGAAAGGGCAAACGGAUAAGGCAUGCACAGCAAUGACCCGGAUCCCCCCCACCGGCUCUCCACCAAAGCCUGCUCGUAUUGUCCACCUUCUCCGCUGCCCCAUCUGCAGUCUGGAGUCCAUCAACAAGGUCCGCUUCGAUGCACAUUUGCCGUGCAGUCGAAACAUCCCCGAGAACAACUACCUCCUCUACAGUUGCUCUCUUUGCUUGGCCUGCUCUACAUCCCAUUUCCUGGUGGAGGAACACUUGGAACUUUUCCAUCCCGGCUGCUCGGUAAGUUGUUUUUUCACCUACUUCUCUCUUCCGGCUAUUUUGCUAAACAAAAGUAUUUUUUUCCUAGUUAUGACCUAUUCAAGGGAAAAUCGUUAA